GAGUCUCAGAAUGACAGAGAAGGACUCCUUGUCUCCAUUUAUUCACCUCCAGGAGAAGAAGAAAGAAAAUGAAGUGUUGCAAAAGGCUCUGGAGGAGAAGAAAGAGGCCUUCAGAGAGAAGAUGGAAGUCAUAAACAGCCGGUGGAGGGAUCUCCACACCAGGGAUGCUCAGCUGAAAGCCUACAUGGAGGAAUCUGGGAACAGUUUAAAGGAAAAUGAGAUUAUGCAACUCCAAGCUCUGAAGAAAGCCAGUGAAGACAGAGAGAUUAGGAUGCAAAAGGAGACUGAGCUUUUGAGAGCUAAGAGGGAACUGGAAGCCCUGAGAAAUGAGUACCAGAAACUCUGCAGCAGAGUGCAGAAGUACUCCAUCUUCAAUAAAUAUAUGGAGGAUGCGGUGAGGAUCUCACAGGACCCCUUUUGCUGCAUCCAGGCAGUCCUCCAGCGCUAUGAGAUGCUGGCGAUCAUGCAUGAGGAGCUGCUGCAGACACAACAGCAGCACCAGGAGAGCUCUGAACAAGCCAAGGUGUACCUGGACCAGUACAAGGCAGAGAAAGAAGCUGAGAUCCUGCAGUACAAAAAUGAGCUGGUGCAGCUCCAACAACGUUUUGAGCAGGCUCAAAGUGACGUCCUUCUCUGGGAGACUCGCUGGGCUGACAUUCAGAACAUGAGUGCCAAGAAAAUUCUGGAGCUGGGAACCAUCAGGAUGGCCAUCUUCAACCUCUUCCAGUCUGUGUGUGCACAGCUGAAAGCAAAACCAGAGGUGCUGGUGGAUGAUAGCGACAGACAGCUGGACAUGAUUCAGACGUUUAUCCAACACUAUGGAGACAUCUGUAUGAAGGUGGAAGAGGACAUGCAUAACCACCAGCCAGCAGCUAUGCCUGCGGUGCUACAGGAGAUUUGUCAAUGUGACCUGCUCCACCAGUAA